AGUGGCUGCCGCUCAGGAGACACCUUAGCCCCAGCCUGGGUAUCUCAACUGCUGCAAAGGAAGGACUCCCCACCCCCUGGCUGCUGCGUCAUCUGCAAGGAUCUAGAUCCUCCAAGCUGAGGAGCCUCCUGCUGCCCAUCUCUACCCUGGACUGCCCCCCCCCUGAUCUAACUGCCCCAUCUGCUUCCCUUUGAAACCGACUGCAGCUAUGUUUGGGCUGGCAGCUAAACUGGCCAAAGACAGAGAGCUGGCACAUGGCUUUGGGACUAACGAACAUGCUUUGAAAUACCUCAACCAGGACUUUGAUGCCCUGAGGAAGGAGUGCCUGGAGUCGGGGACACCCUUUAAGGACCCCUGCUUUCCUGCCAUCCACUCCUCUCUGGGCUUUAAUGAACUGGGACCUAACUCUUCCAAAUGUCAAGGUGUGGUGUGGAAGAGACCCACGGAGCUGUGCUCCAACCCACAGUUCAUCUCUGGAGGAGCCACUCGCACUGACAUCUGCCAAGGAGCGCUGGGUGACUGCUGGCUUCUGGCCGCCAUCGCGUCUCUUACCCUCAAUGAACAAGUUCUGUCGCGUGUGGUUCCCAAAGACCAGAGCUUCCAGGAAAACUAUGCCGGCAUAUUCCAUUUCCAGUUCUGGCAGUUCGGGGAAUGGGUAGAUGUUGUCAUCGACGACAGGCUCCCAACCAAAAAUGGAGAGCUGGUCUUUGUCCACUCGGCAGAAGGAAGUGAAUUCUGGAGCGCCCUACUGGAGAAGGCCUAUGCCAAGCUGAACGGAUGUUAUGAAGCCCUUUCGGGAGGAAGCACCACUGAAGGCUUCGAAGACUUUACAGGAGGAAUCGCAGAAUGGUACGAACUGAAGAAGGCUCCGGACAAUCUCUUUAAGAUCAUCCAAAAAGCCCUGAAGACCGGAUCACUUUUGGGUUGCUCCAUAGAUAUCACUAGCGCUGCUGAGACAGAAGCGAUUACGUUCCAGAAGUUGGUGAAGGGCCACGCGUAUUCCGUGACCGCAGCAGAGGAGGUAAACUACAGAGGGAGUCAGGAAAAGUUGAUUCGGAUCCGAAAUCCAUGGGGAGAAGUGGAGUGGACCGGAGCAUGGAGUGACAAUUCUAACGAGUGGAAUUCUGUUGAUCCAGAUGAUCGAGAUAGACUGAUUAAAAGAUGUGAUGACGGGGAAUUCUGGAUGUCUUACAAUGACUUCUUAAGACACUAUUCCCGACUGGAAAUCUGCAACCUGACCCCAGACACCCUUACUUCUGAAAAGUACCGAAAGUGGAGUUUGGCCAAGAUGGACGGCAUGUGGCGACGAGGCUCAACUGCUGGCGGAUGUAGGAAUUUCCCAGACACCUUCUGGAUAAACCCUCAGUAUGUGAUCAAGCUGGAUGAGGCAGAUGACGAUCCAGAUGACAAUGAGGAAGGCUGCACCUUCAUUGUUGGUCUGAUCCAGAAGAAUCGCAGGAAGCAGAGAAAGAUGGGAGAGGACAUGCACACAAUCGGAUUUGCUAUUUAUGAGGUUCCUCAACAGCUGGCUGGACAGACAAAUAUUCACCUGAGCAGGGACUUUUUUCUGAGGAACAAGGCAAUAGCAAGAUCGGACACCUUCAUCAACCUACGUGAAGUACUGAACCGAUACAAACUACCUCCGGGAGAAUAUGUCAUCGUCCCGUCAACCUUCGAGCCCAAUAAAGUCGGAGACUUCUGUGUCCGCGUUUUCUCCGAGAAGAAUGCGGAGUCACAUGUGGCUGAUGAUGAAAUCGAAGCAAACAUUGACGAGGAUGUGCUCAGUGAAGAUGAGAUCGACCCUAGUUUCAAGAGACUGUUUCAGCAGCUGGCAGGCGAGGACAAAGAGAUCUCCGCGUUUGAGCUUUGUAACAUUUUAAAGAAAGUGAUGUCAAAACGGGACGAUAUAAAAUCGGACGGCUUCAGCCUGGAAACCUGCAGGACCAUCGUCGACCUUCUCGAUUCUGACGGAUCAGGAAAACUCGGUCUGAAGGAAUUUAACAUUCUGUGGUCAAAAAUACAGAAAUACCAGAAAAUUUACCGGAGCAUCGAUGUGGACAAAUCCGGAACGAUGAAUGCUUAUGAAAUGAGAAACGCUCUGCAGGCAGCAGGGUUUAAGCUGAAUUCCGAGCUGCACCAGCUUCUAGUGGCUCGAUUUGCUGAUGAAGAUCUUUCCAUUGACUUUGAUAACUUCGUACGAUGUCUGCUCCGUCUGGAGAUCAUGUUCAAACUGUUCAAAAAGCUGGAUAAGGACAACGACGGAUCUGUGCCUCUCACCCUGGACUCAUGGAUGUCUUUCACCGUCCUCUGAUGCGCAGCAUGGAAAAGAAGCCUCAAUAAUUACUAUGCAUCCAGAAAGAAAGAAAAUAGCCCCGAAUUGCAAGCUUUGUAGUGAAUGUUUUUUUUGGGUGAUUUGCAGGGGAUUGGGGCACUUUGUUUCACUGCUAAACUCUUAAUCUCUUAUCUAACGGGUCAAAUAUAAAUCUCUGUGCCAGGUACUUCUGGCAGAAGUCUUGAAGGGGGUUAACAUAUUAACCUCUUCCUUUCCACGCCUUUGGAACACCAUUGUGCAAUUAAUUUUUAUUUUUUUUAAAAA